GAUAGAUAGAUAAAAACCCUCUUCAUCGCCAGAUUGUUAAAUAAGUUAUUAAUCUAAAGGGCUUAUAUCUCUAAAGAUAACCUAUUCUUAUAAAAAAAAAAGGAGUUAAAAUACCUAAUAACUAAAGAAAAGAAGGAAUAAAACCCUUGAAAAAAGCAAGAUGCUCCAAUACAACUCGUACCGUGGAGGCCGUGGGGGAUAUCCAGCCCCCGCACCUGCCAUGCAGAUGGCGCUCCCCCCUGGUUGGCAGGUUGCCUACACAGGUAAUGGGGAUAUGUACUACAUCGACCACAACACGCGGACCACGCACUGGCAAAUCCCAACUGAAGUCAUGCAGCGUAGCGAGCGCGUGAACGGCUUCCGAGGCUCCCGUCCUCACCGCGGCAUCGACCGCUCCAAGCUGAAGACAAAGAUGUGUAUGAAUAUAGAGAGUGGCGGGAACUGCUCCUGGGGUGAGAACUGCGCCUUCGCGCACAGCUCAGAGGAGCUUUCGAUGCACCCGCACUAUAAUAAUCACUCCGCAGCACCAGGAGGGAAAUAG